ACACACGCUCAGUGACGCACAUGACGGGUGUGCGUCAUCUCCAAGCGACAACAGAAUUCGCGCCAAUCACUUGAAGGAUAUUCUGAAAGCUACUCAAACCCUACUUAGGGAGAAAGCCUGUUGAUAAUGGAUAUCAGGCGGUUCUUUGCACCGUCUUCAGCCAAGCCUUCAGUGCAGAAACCAGCUCCAAAUGGAAACAUCAAAACAGAGGAGGAGAAGAAGACUAAGAAGAAGAAUCCCCCUUUAUCAAACGAGGAAGUGAAAAAGAAAGAGACCAGCAAGGUGAAAAGCUCCAAACCAAAGGAGACACGCAAAGAUAGUGAGAAAAAACGAAAGAAGCAUGCAGUCAUAGAAUCAGACUCUGAGGAUGAAGAGCCAGCAAGGAAGUCGAAAAAAUCCCCAAAAGAGAAACAGAAGACAAGCCAAAUUGAGCCACCUCCCAAAAAAGAUCCUGUGCAGUAUGUCUCUGAAACAGACUCGGACAGCGACAACUUUCGGUCCUUAAAGAAGGUGUCUGAACCUAAGCAGAAUGGCACGGCCAAACAGACAAAGUCCGACGCAGGAAGUGCUCGUCCAGGAGUCAGAGCGGGGCUGAAGUCCCCUGUCAAGCCCUCCUCCACACAGGGAAAAUCUUCAGUCAAGUCUCCUCCUGUGCCCGUCACCCCUAAAUCAGCCCCGCCUCCUCCCCUCAAACGAACCCCCACUUCAGUACUCGACUACUUCGGCACUACGACUGUUCAGCGCUCAGACAAGAAGCUCGUAGCCAGCACCAAGCGAAAGGCUCCGACUCAGGACACAGAUGAUCUCAUGAGUGAUGAGCAAAUCGCCAAACAGCUGCAGUUGGAUGAAGACUUGGAGCUGGAGAAACUGGUCCAUGAGGACGAGGAGUUUGCCAGAACUCUGGCCAUGCUGGACGAGGAGCCCCAGGCAAAGAAGGCUCGUAAAGGCUCCGAUGAAAAAUCAGCCUCGACCGCAUGUCCCAAAAAGAGCAGUACCGACUCUGCUGCUGGCAGCACGAGUGGUCCUUCAAAGACCAACCGAAAGGGCAGCGUGUCAGAAGACGUGAUUAGUCCGUCUCCUAAGAAGAGCCCUGAUCCCAUCAAAGCCAGCUCCAAACUGGCCAUGAUGAAGAAAAAGGAAGAAGAGAGAGAAGAAAGGCCAAAGAGUAAAACCCCAAUUUCGCCCACAAAAAUAAAACUUUCUCCCAAAAAGGAGCCCAUCUCUUUGUCAAACUCAGGCCAGAGGUUUACUCCCAAGACAGAAACCACACCCACUGCAGUAAAAACUUCUCCCAGGAAACCAGAGAGCACGAGUGUGAGUCCUGAUGAUUCAGAGAAGAAGAAGGUCAACUCUGCAGCUUACAGGAACUUCCUGAACCGCGAUGGACCACGAGCUCUGGGCUCCAAGGAAAUCCCACAGGGUGCAGAGAACUGUUUGGAGGGCUGUGUGUUUGUGCUGACGGGGGUCAUGGAGUCCAUGGAGAGGGAUGAUGCCAAAUCCCUCAUCGAGCGCUACGGAGGCAAAGUGACGGGCAACAUCAGCAAGAAGACCACCUACCUGGUGCAGGGCAGAGACGGCGGAGUCUCAAAGCUCGAGAAGGCGGAGAGUCUCGGUACCAAGAUCCUGGAUGAGGAUGCUCUGCUGGAGCUGAUCAGAACCAAACCAGGAAAGAAGUCCAAGUACGAGAUCGCUGCAGAGGCUGAGACCAAAGCCUCAAAGACCAGGACACCUCCCAGCAAAACAUUAAAAAGCACCCCCAAAGCCCAGAAGAUCUCUCCCUCCAAGGGGAAUUCCAGGUCCCCUCACACCCCGAGCCCGUCUAAGACAGGCUCGGCCCAAGGCCACGGUACCAGGACCAGAGAUGGCGGCACUCCACCUGGGAGAGGCUCAGGCCACACAGCCCGGAGGGAGCUGGGCCUUCCCCCCUCCACUUCUACAUCUUCAGCUCCUGGACCAUCAUCUCCAUCAUCGACAUAUGACAACGCCAGUCUGCUGUGGGUGGACAAGUACCGCCCACGCUCUCUGAAGACUGUGAUUGGUCAACAGGGGGAUCAGAGCUGUGCCAAUAAGCUGCUCCGUUGGCUGCAGAACUGGUACAGACACCACAGCGGGGGCUCUUCCAAGCCACCAGUUGCAAGGUUUGGUAAGUUUGGUGGAAAAGAUGAUGGAUCUGGAUUCAAAGCUGCGCUGCUCUCUGGACCUCCGGGCGUGGGGAAGACCACCACAGCUGCCCUGGCCUGUGAGGAAUUGGGCUUCAGCUACGUGGAGAUGAACGCCAGCUGUACUCGCAGCAAAAACAGUCUGAAGGAAGUCGUCUCCGAGUCACUUAACAACACCAGCAUCGAGGGCUUCUACAAAGGCACGUCUCAGAAAGUGAGCAGUAAACACGUCCUGAUCAUGGAUGAGGUUGAUGGCAUGGCUGGCAACGAGGACCGCGGAGGAAUCCAGGAGAUGAUUGGCCUGAUCAGAACUUCAAAGAUUCCCAUCAUCUGCAUGUGCAACGAUCGUAACCACCAGAAGAUUAGGUCACUGGCCAACUACUGCUUCGAUUUGCGCUUCCAGAGGCCGCGAGUGGAACAGAUCAAGGGAGCAAUGAUGUCCCUCGCAUUCAAGGAGGGAAUCAAGAUCCCACCCCCAGCUCUUAAUGAAAUGAUCCUAGCCUCCAAUCAGGAUGUCCGACAGGUGAUACACAACCUGAGCAUGUGGUCGGCCAAAAACAAGGUGAUGACCUAUGACCAGUGUAAGUCUGACGCAGCCAGCGCUCGCAAGGACAUGAAACUGGGUCCAUUUGAUGUUUGUAGGAAGGUAUUUGCCUCAGGGGAGGAGACUGCCCACAUGAGCCUCAUCGACAAGUCUGACCUCUUCUUCAACGACUACUCGCUAGCGCCUCUCUUUGUCCAAGAGAACUACCUGCAUGUUCGACCAAAGGCUGCAGGUGGUGACCUGAAGUCCCACCUGGUGUUGCUGAGCAAGACAGCUGACUCCAUCUGUGACGGAGACCUGGUGGACAGACAGAUCCGCUCUCGGCAGAAUUGGUCACUUUUGCCCACACAGGCCAUCUAUGCCAGUGUGUUACCAGGGGAGCUCAUGAAAGGCUACAUGAGUCAGUUCCCCACCUUCCCCAGUUGGCUCGGCAAGAACUCGUCCACCAGCAAACAUUCCCGCAUCGUCCAGGAGCUGGCCUCGCACAUGUGCUUAAAGACGAUGACCAGCAGACAGGCAGUGAACCUGGACUACCUGUACUACCUGCGGGGGGCGCUGCUGAGCCCGCUUCAGAGGCGCGGAGUGGAGGGCGCUGGCGAAGCUGUGCAGCUGCUGGACAACUACCAGCUCAUCAAGGAGGACGUGGACAGCAUCAUGGAGAUCAGUGUCUGGGGCGGGCAACCAGACCCUUACUCCAAACUGGACUCCAAGGUGAAGGCAGCAUUCACACGAGCCUACAACAAAGAAGCUCACCUGACGCCAUACUCCCUGCAAGUAGUGAAGAAGGGCCGCCGCGGGGGGGAGUCUGAGUUCGGAGGAGAGGGCAUGGACAACGAAGUGCAGGAGUCUGAAGACGAGGGCCCCACAACUGACGCCAUGAUCAAACAGAAGAAGGCCAAAGCCACCAAAGACUCAAAGAAAGAGAAGAAGGAAGAUUCUGGAAAGGGCAAGGGGACAGGCAAGGGGACAGGCAAGGGCAAAGCUAAAGCCAAGAAAUGACCAAUGACAAGAGGAGGAACACUUUCUUGGUCUGCCCCCCCCACCCCCCAAAAGACUGUAAUACUGCACUCGCAACGAUCCUUUAAUGAGCAACAGAAAGUAGUGAGACUGGUCUUAACCUCUGCAGGGAACUCAUCUGUCCUCUAUGCUAACACUUGAAUCCAACCACACUAAACUAAGAAAUGCCUUCCACUUUUUUAAAUUCCUGUCAUGUUUCCAUCAGAGUCUCUGAUGUAUAUUAUCUGCUUGUUCCAUCCAUUAUCAUGUCUACGCACCUCUGUAAUAACAUGUGUCUCAACAGGAGUAUAGUGCAUUUCUCCCAUCAUUGGUUUGUGGUCCAGGUGUUAAGGCUGGAAAUGUCACUCUGAUUAAUAAGACUGUUACUUUUUGCUACGAGUACAAUACAGAAAUGCUUUAGCGCUACGGUUAGCAGUGAUGUUCCUGUAUAUUACAAUUUUGUAAAAAACAUUAAUAGAGAAAUAUGUGGCUCAUGAGUGUCAGUUUU